UGUACUCCCUGUGUCUUUCUUUUUCUUUCAGUUACUUUACUUUUACGAUUUGAAAUUUCCAAGUUAACGGCAACGUUUACUAACUGAGCGGUCCGAUAUCAAAAUUUCUUUUUACUAUUUAAGAAUCGUAUUUUAGUUUACUGCAUACGUUUGUUCACAACUAAACUUGUCAUAGUUCAGUUAAUUUAAAUUUUUACAAACAGUGAAUGUAGAGAUACAACGGUUAUUUCAACUUGAAAAACUAAAUCCACCCUUCCCUUUAGAAGACUGACACUGCUAUAGUUAAUGUUCUGCAGACAGCUCAUCCAGUCCAGUUUGCCGUCGGUGGCUAACCAACCUAGUAGACCGUGUUAUUGCAGUUCAUUUCAACAAAUCGCAAAUUAAUUGACACAUUUGGGAAGUAUAGAAAAUGGCUCCUUCGGGGAAAGAGAAUAGUUUGCCUGCCAGAGUUAGAUCCAAUUCAAUGAACAAUGGUGUAUCAAGAAAAUCAGUUGUCUCCAAAGGCAGUACGGAGAAAAAGAAACCAGAGAAUUACCAGCGUCGCUCAUUUAAUAUUCUGCCAGUUCAACGGCCUUCCAUUACAAAAACUACUUCAUCAUCUGGACUAGUUGGAAGCAACAAACCAGAUGUCAUCCAACGACCUCCUCCUCUGAAACAACCAACAUUAAAACCAGACAUCGUCCCUUUAUCAUCAAAUAACACCGCGAGAAGAUCUUUGAUGACUUCUAUGCAUUCAAGCGCCACUGGUUUGAAAGAAGCGAGUAAAGAAGCCAGUUCUACUGUGGUUCUUUGUCAGAAGAAUAGAAUAAUAACAAACCCUAACAUGAGACCCACUCACAUCUUAUCCAAACCAAAUGUGAAUACUGGUAGUCAACAUACCAGUGGAGAACAAAGAAAUCAAGUUUCCACAACCGGGCAAACAAAAGUUCAGACUGGGACCACUCUACGAAAGUCUUUGUCAAAACCCACACAACCGACUACAAAACAGUUUCACUCUGGAGGAAAUGCAGUUCAAGCGGUUUCAAAAUCUUCCCUUUCUGUUGGAAACACAAUCCAUACAACUACAAAAUCUUCUCAUUCUGUUGGAAACACUGUUCAAACAGUUCCAAAAUCUUCCUAUUCUGUUGGAAACACAAUCCAGACAGUUACAAACCCUCCCCAUUCUGUUGGAAACACUAUCCAGAAAGUCCCAAAACCUUCCCAUUCUGUUGGAAACACUGUCCAGACAGUUCCAAAAUCUUCCUAUUCUGUUGGAAACACAAUCCAGACAGUUACAAACCCUCCCCAUUCUGUUGGAAACACUGUCCAGACAGUUACAAACCCUCCCCAUUCUGUUGGAAACACUAUCCAGAAAGUCCCAAAACCUUCCCAUUCUGUUGGAAACACUGUCCAGACAGCUCCAAAAUUUUCCUAUUCUGUUGGAAACACUAUCCAGAAAGUCCCAAAUCCUUCCCAUUCUGUUGGAAACACUGUCCAGACAGUUCCAAAAUCUUCCUAUUCUGUUGGAAACACUGUCCAGACAGUUACAAAACCUCUUCCUUCAGGAAUUCCACUUCAGACUCAAGAACAACCUAAAGCUGUGAUACAAAGUGAAGCUACUUUUCAAACAUCUAAUGGCAAAACACUCACUGCUGACCAAGUUGAAUCGGAUAAGAAAAUGGGAUUAGAGAGUAACUCAGAUCCUAACAGGAAAAAAUGGACCCUUAGUGAUUUUGACAUAGGCAAGGCAUUGGGCAAAGGAAAGUUUGGGAAUGUCUAUCUUGCCAGAGAAAAACAGUCGCAGUUUAUUGUAGCAAUCAAAGUGUUGUUCAAAUCUCAGAUACAAAAAGCUCGAGUAGAACACCAGCUCAGAAGAGAAAUUGAAAUACAAUCUCAUUUGAGGCAUCCUAACAUUCUGAGACUCUUUGGCUACUUCCACGACGAGACACGAGUCUAUAUGAUUUUGGAGUACGCACCCAAGGGUGAACUGUACAAGGAGCUUCAAGCCCAGCCAGAGAAGAGAUUUGAUGAGCCAAGAGCUGCGCAACUGAUUCUCCAAUUGGCAGAUGCACUACAAUAUUGUCACGCGAAGAAAGUGAUUCAUAGAGACAUCAAGCCAGAAAAUAUCUUACUGGGAGCAAAAGGGGAACUGAAAAUUGCUGACUUUGGCUGGUCUGUCCAUGCACCGUCUUCCAAGAGAGACACCCUGUGUGGAACACUGGACUAUUUACCCCCAGAGAUGGUGUCAGGACAACCUCAUGAUGCUAACGUAGACCUAUGGAGUCUCGGGGUGCUGUGCUUUGAGCUGGUCACAGGGAAACCUCCUUUUGAGACCAAGUCCUACGAUGAGACGUACUACCGCAUCCAGCGAUCGUUGUUCAUAUUUCCUCCUCACGUCUCACCGCUUGCCAGAGAUUUGAUCAAAAAGUUGUUAGUUGUAAAGCCGUCUGCUCGUCUGCCGCUCCCUGAAGUCAAGAGUCAUGAAUGGAUAACAGUCCACGUCUCCUAACCAUGUAUGACUCAUAAUAUUGACACAUACUCCUAAAAAUCAUGAUUUGACCUUCAAGAUCCAGAAGAUCUGUACCAGUUCUUAUAAUUUGUAUGUCUUGUCCUUUCACAUGCUAAAAAAGACGAGUAGUUCUUAAAUGUUUGCACCUACAGUUUAAAAUUUUUUCAAUAUGUAGUCAAAUUUGUAGCUUUAAUUAUCUCAGUUAGACAAGUAAAACAAAAAAAUAAAAUGUGUUUGAAAAUGCAAAAGUAAAACUUUUUGUAAACAGCUUUAAAUAUUAGUAAAAUUAAUAUUUGAAACAGAGAGAAUGUAAAAAGUGCAAUUCUAAGUUAUUAACCUUUCAGAUUUGUGGUGGUAGAUAAGUCUAUUUGACUACUAUUUUUAAAGGAAUAAGUUAACGAAUUAUACUUAAGGAUAGGUGAUAUUAAAAGUUUUAAUAGUGUUAAUAGUUCAUUUGUUUUGUGACUGUUGUAAAAUGACUGCAAAACUAUUACUGAUUUGCUGCUAUCUUGACUACUAUAACUUAGCUGCAAGUAGUAAUAUGUUACUCAAUCAACAAGAGUUUACCUGGAUAACCUGGUAAGAGUGGUGAGAGUUAUGAACAGUUUUAAAUAUACUUAAGUUCUAUGACUUCAAACCUUUGGUAGGAGAUUGCAUGCUAAGUAUUACAACAGAACAAUUAAUUUAAGGGUGACCAAUUAUUGAACAGACAAGUCAAUUAAAUUAUUAUAUCGUUCAUAACUAUUGCAUCCUGUUAAAAAUCUUGACAAUUGCAGAUUUGUAAAUUUGUUAUCUCUAGUAUAAAUUGUAUUUAAAGACUGUAUUUUGUAACAUUUUUAUAAGAGUUUUUGCGAUAUAUGUGUAUAUAGUAAGUUGUAUUAAGUUUAUUGUUGUAGGUCAUGAAAUAAAGUUAUUGAUAGAAUUUUA